UGUUAAAGGCACAUCAAUUUCGUAGUUGCGGUGUUACACUGAAAUCGUGCUGAACGAUAAUGUCGCACCUACGAAAGUUAGGACAAUUUGGGCAUACAAUCAAGCGAUCAUGUCAUGUCGUAAAAUCAGUACAAGAACUUAACCACCCUCCUGGUCCAGGUCCUCAGAAACUAUGGAAGAGCGUUUUCCUUUUCGUUGCUUUGCCUCUAGUAAUGUUGUGUUCAGUUAACUGCUACUUAAAGAAAGAAGAAGAAGAAAGCCAUCGACCUGAGCCAAUUGAUUAUCCACAUUUGAAAAUUAUGAACAAAGCUUUUCCUUGGAGAGACGGUAAACGUUCAUUAUUUCAUAAUCCGCAUCGUAAUUAUCUUCCUGGAGUUGGUUAUGAAGAAUAAUUGUUUAUACUAGGAUUUUCAUUAUAGAAUUUAUUAGUCUCUGGUAUUCUAUACAUGCUUUGAACUUGUAUUGCCUGCCUAGUGAGAAACUAAAUAAAUAAAUAAAUAAAAGAUAAAGAAAAGAUAA